CACUCUCCAAGUCGUCUGGGGCCGGGCCGGCUUUUGAAUCGAGACAGCGGCGCGGCGAAGAAGUUGUUGUUGAAGAAGAAGAAGAAGAAGAAGAAGAAGAAGAACCAGAAAGGAAAAUUUCGCCGGUGAAUUACAUUCAUCGGAACCUAAUAGAGAGAGAGAGAGAGAUGGCAGCUAAGCAAAUGGAGGAGAUACAGAGGAAACUGACUAUGCUGAAUUACCCCAGAGCCAACGCUCCCGCUCAGUCUCUCCUCUUCGCCGGCAUGGAGCGCUACGCUCUUCUCGAGUGGCUCUUCUUCCGGCUGUUAGGGGACAAAUCCCCCUUCUCUCAGCAAAAUCUGCAAGGAGACGCCAUGGAUCGAGACGAAGAGACCUCUCGCAUACAAUAUUUAGCUGAAAUCGCAAAGUUUCUAGGGAUUACGACUACUAUAGAUACUGAAGCAAUUCAGGGACGAGGAAGCUAUGAAGAUCGGACUGAAAUGCUUCGUCUUAUUGUAGAUCUUGUGGAGGCCAGCAUCUAUGCAGACAACCCAGACUGGAGUGUUGAUGAGCAAGCCGCAAAAGACAUACAGCUAAUAGAUGCAAUUGCAGAAAAGCAAGCUCAGAUUUUCUCCGAGGAAUGCAAGCUCUUCCCUGCAGAUGUUCAGAUUCAAUCCAUUUACCCACUGCCUGAUGUUUCUGAGCUGGAGACAAAACUUACAGAACAAUCAAAGAUACUCAUGAAUCUUCAACUGAAGGUUGACGAUUUAGCAUCAAAGCAUGCUUACAACCCAGAUGAGGAGUAUGGAGAGGUUGAAUCACAAUUGCGAGCACAUUUAGAGUCGUUUCUGGAAACAGCAAGAACAUUCAAUAUGAUAUACACCAAGGAAAUUCGGCCUUGGACACACAUGAUGGAGGUCCCUCAACUUCAUGGAUUUGGACCAGCUGCUAAUCGCUUAUUAGAGGCAUACAAAAUGCUUUUGAAGUUCCUUGGUAACAUGAGGAAUCUCCGGGACUCGUAUGCUGCUCUCGCUGUUGGAUUGUCUGAAACAGGCACAGGUGAACCCUCAUCAGUUACAAGAAUAAUCACCGAGUGUGAAUCUGCCUUAACAUUCUUGAAUCGGGACCUUGGGAUUCUCUCUUCCUCCAUUGCACGCGAGCGAGGUGAAGAGCUGCCAUCAUGAGAGUAUUUCUGAAUAUUUUGGCUGAAAGCAUCAACAUUAGUGCUUCUCCCUCCAGGCGUUCUUGGGUUUGAGUGUCCUUGGUUCUCUGUUUGAAAACUAACAUGGUCGGUUUCUCAAUUUAGAGCUUCCUUCUGUUAUUGCAAGUGUGUUAUUCUGUUACCUGUGGAUAUCUUGAAACUGGGCCAUAUUUAUUGGACAUGCUUAUGGAAGUUGGUCUGACUGAAACUCACAUGAGCCUCAUCGGGCCUCUCCUUGUGCUGUCAAAAUUUGAGGCUGGGCUCCAUCAGCUCGAUGAGUUUCUUAGCCUCCCCUUGCUUGAGCCGAUGGUGGUUACUGCUGGGGGACACCUUUGUAACUUUGAGAACUUUUCGGCAUUCUGGUGGAAGCCUAUUUGUUCUUCGUGAUUAGGA